AUGCCAUGCAACAUAGACCUCAGAUACCGUAUCUUACUCCUCGUUGCAGCGAUGAUGACGGCAGGCGCCCUUGGUAUUGUCUUCAGAAAGGUCUCAUACUAUAUGAAGGGCAAGAAUGUCGAAGGCCAGCUGGAGCUGUACGACAAGGUGUGGAUUCCAGCCUUUUUCAUGUUCCUUGGUGAGAGUAUCGGCCUGGGAGUUUUCUGCAUAAAGCGGUGCGUCAUUAAAAGGAGCAUCUCCAAAUCGUCUCCUGAUAUGGCUGCCAGUAGUGCAACGAGCUUCGAGCAAGAGAAUAGCACAGCCCUCAAGACAUCAUGCACACAUCCGUCUAUGCAGAGGCAGCUCCCUCCGCAGAUCGCUCGAAGGAAAGCAAGGAAGCUUAUGGUGGGUCCACUGCCUUGUUGGAAGUUUGUGCUUGCGACGGCCUGCUUCUCCGCCCUGGAUCUUGUGCAAGCAACGGCCUUCAACACUGCUAUGCUAUACAUCUCGGUGUCUGCGGCCCAAAGCCUUCGGGGGUUCACCAUCGUCUUUUGCCAGAUCCUUGCAAUCCCCCUGUUAAAAAGGAGACCGGAGAGGUGGGAGAUCAUGGGUGUUUGCUUUGCGUUUCUAGGACUUCUCCUAGUAGACGUCGCCAUUGCGAUCCAGAAGCGGGAGCACGGAGACACCCUCGAGACUACCAUAGGGGUCCUGCUCGUCGUCGGCGGACAGAUCUUCUCUGCCACGCAAUACCUUCUAGAAGAGAAGACCUUCAAGAGCCGGGCCAUAGACUCUCUGCUAGGUGUUGGCUGGGAGGGUGUCUGUGGCGUGAUCCUGUCGCUGUGCGUUGCGUGCCCGCUGGCACACGUGAUACCUGGCAGCGACCAUGGGAGCCUGGAGAACUAUGCCAACUCGCUGUACAUGUCCUUUGUCAACGGAAACAUACUAGCCAUGAAUCUCCUAUAUGCGCUAUCCAUUCUACUCUUUAAAUGGUCCGGGCUGGUUGUCGGGAAGAUUCUUACUUCAACCCAUCUGUCUCUAUUUGAUAACUUGAGAUCACUGCUGAUAUGGGCCAUCAUGGUCAUAGUAUACUACUCGACGAGGCACUACAGUCGCCCGUACGGAGAGCCCCUCACUCCGUAUUCGCUUCUGGAGCUGCUGGGGUUCGGGGUGCUGAUUCUGGGCAUCGUGGUCCACAACAAUGUUCGUGGACUCGGCGUAAGGGCCACUUGCAGGGGUGAGCGGAGGAUAACGCCGGGCUCCCCCAAAUAA